AUGCAGAUUCUUGAUGCCCUCAGAGGAUCAGAAGAACGCGAUGACAAUUUAAAGUUUUGGGCGAUGUACAACAAAGUUUCGAAUGAGUACGACUAUGACCUCGUCGGGCGGGCUGAUGACGAUAUGGGCAAUAUUCUGACUUGCGCUGCUAUAUUUGCAGCCGUCAACUCCACCUUCAUUGUCGGGACGCAGCCUAAUCCAGGAGACACUACCAAUGUCCUCCUCCUCCAUCUAAUUCAGAUAUCUGUCAAUGGCUCAAAUUCUGUGCCUGACAUCAACACCCUCUCCUCAUAUACGGGAUUUUCCUCUUUGACGGUCUGGAUUCAAACACUUGCCUACGCUAGCCUCGCGUUUAGCGUCUUGGCCGCGUUUGGGGCAGUCUUGGGAAAACAAUGG